AUGAACGACGACAACCCAAUCCAACCAACCACCAUGGCAGGAAACGGCGGAAGCGGUAGCACUGAAUCUGUAGACAUUACUCGACAACCACUUCCUUCGCAUUGCAUUGGAUUGCCUCCCACCGAGAAAAAGAUCACGGCAUUGCCACUUCCGUGUUCUAUCUGUCUCCUCGACUGUAUUAGCCCAGUCGACUCUGCCUUUGGCAUUGUCAUUGACUGGGUAGCCAGAGUUUCCGAUGCUACCGCCAAUAAUACCGCUAUCCAUGGUGGAGGGAGUUCUCGUCGACCUGCUUGCGCACGAACAGCGAUUGCUACUUCCACCAUGAAGUACCUGUCGAUACUGGUGUCUCUGGCACUACUACUCCUUGGCACUGCCAACGGAGAUGCUUCUUUGCGCGGAGCAGACAAGACACCCGAGAAGGAUGAUACGGAUGUGGUGGAUUCGUUCCGAAGACGACUGCAACACCAUUCCAUUCCAUCGUGCUGUACGGACUGCAAUUGUGAGUCCAGCAAGGGUGGAAACCACUACGGAACCCACUACUGUGAUUGCGACUGCAGUCCCUGUGACUACAGCUACGGAGGCGGAUACAGUGGAGGCGACGACUACGGCUACUGGGAUGACUAUGGAUACGGCAGCAAAGGAGGCAAGGGCUCCAAGGGGAGCAAAGGCUCCAAGGGCGGCUACGGUGGCUAUGAUGACUACUACUAUGAUGACUAUGGCUAUGGAUAUGGCAGCAAGGGCUCCAAAGGAGGCAAGGGCUCCAAAGGAUCCAAGGGCGGCUCUGGUUCCUACGAUGACUACUAUGGAUAUGAUGAUUACAAUCCAGUAGAUGACUGCUAUGGUGGAAACUGCUAUGAUGAUUACACUCCCUGUGGAACCCCUGGAGGUCCUCCAUGCCCCUGUGGAAUCCCAGGAGCUCCUCCCUGCCCCACCUAUGAUGACUACACUCCAAGCUAUGAUGAUUAUACUCCUCCCUGUGGAAUCCCAGGAGCUCCUCCUUGCCCCUGUGGAAUCCCAGGUGCUCCUCCCUGCCCCACCUAUGAUGACUGCUAUGGUGAUGACUGUGGAUACGGCGGUGACGACUAUGGCUAUGAUGACUACUACUCCAAGGGAAGCAAGUCCAAGGGCAGCAAGUCCAAAGGCAGCAAGUCCAAGGGCAAGGGAUCCAAGAGCAAAGGAAAAGGCAAGGGAUCCAAGUCCAAGGGCAAAGGCUCCAAGUCCAAGGGCAGUUAUGAUGACUGCUACGGUGAUGACUGUGGAUAUGGAUAUGAUGACUGCUAUGGUGAUGACUGUGGAUAUGGGCCUGUGGAUGACUGCUAUGGUGGCAACUGCUAUGACGAUUACACUCCUGGCCCUCCUCCCUGUGGAAUCCCUGGAGCUCCUCCUUGUCCCUGUGGAAUCCCAGGUGCUCCUCCCUGUCCAUACGACGACUACACUCCUUCCUACGAUGACUAUGGCUAUGGCUAUGAUGACUAUGGAUACGGCAGCAAGGGAGGAAAGGGUUCUAAAGGCGGAAAAGGCUCCAAGGGUGGUGGUUAUGGAGGAUGGGAUGACUACUAUGGUGGCAGCAAGGGUGGCAAGGGCUCCAAGGGCAGCAAAGGUUCCAAGGGUGGCGGCUACGGUUGGGAUGACCACUAUGGAAACGAUGAUUACGGCCCAUUCAUGCAAGAUGACUACUACCGAGGCCUUCCAGGAUAUGACGACUACAAUCCUGGUCCUGCCUUUGAUGACUACUUUCCUGCACCCAUGUACGAUGACUACAAUCCUGCUCCCAAUGGUGGUUAUUCAGGAUGGGAUGACUACUAUGGAGGUGGCAGCAAAGGAGGCAAAGGAUCCAAGGGUGGUGGCUAUGGAUAUGAUGACUACUAUGGUGGCAGCAAGGGAGGCAAGGGCUCCAAAGGAUCCAAGGGUGGUGGUUAUGGAGGAUGGGAUGACUACUAUGGAUCUGAUGACUAUGGCUAUGGCGGCAGCAAGGGCUCCAAAGGCUCCAAGGGUGGCUAUGGCUCAUAUGAUGACUACUAUGGAUCGGAUGACUAUGGAUAUGGCAGCAAGGGCUCCAAGGGUAGCAAGGGCUCCAAAGGAUCAAAGGGUUGGACACCCCCUUGUGGUGGUGACUAUGGGCCUCCCUGCCCUCCUCCUCCUUGUGGAACCUAUGGUGGACCUCCAUGCCCACUUCCUCCCUGUGGAACCUAUGGUGGACCUCCAUGUCCUCCUCCCCCCUGUGGAACCUAUGAUGGACCUCCAUGCCCUCCGGAACCCUGCGGUCCCUAUGGAUUUCCUUGCCCCUGUGACACUCCCGGUGGACCCCCUUGUCCUACUCCUGAACCUCCAAUUAUCAUCCACCACCAUCACCACUACUACUCCAAGAGCAAGUCCAAGGGAAGCAAGUCGGGCAAAGGAAGCAAGUCAGGUAAGGGCAGCAAGAGCAAAGGCAAGGGCUCCAAGUCCAAGGGCAAAGGCAGCAAAUCCAAGGGUGGCUAUUAUGAUGACUACUACUAUGAUGACUAUGGCUAUGGAGAUGACUAUGGCUAUGGAGAUGACUAUGGCUAUGGAGAUGAUGGCUACUCACCUUCUGGAGGCUAUGGAUAUGAUGACUACUACUAUGAUGACUACUAUGGUGGUAGCAAGGGAGGCAAAGGCUCCAAAGGAUCCAAGGGUGGCAGCUACGAUGACUACUAUGGAUCUGAUGACUAUGGCUAUGGAUACGAUGACUACUAUGGUGGCAGCAAGGGGUCCAAAGGAUCCAAGGGUGGCAGCUACGAUGACUACUAUGGAUACGAUGACUACUACUAUGAUGACUAUGGUUAUGGUGGCAGCAAGGGAGGCAAAGGCUCCAAGGGUUCCAAGGGUGGCAGCUCCUCCGGAUAUGAUGACUACUAUGGAUAUGAUGACUACUAUGGAUAUGAUGACUACUAUGGAGAUGAUGACUACAGCCCACCAUACAACCCUCCAACUCCUCGUCCACCCACAUACAGUGCACCCACUCCACGACCGCCUACAUACAGCCCACCUACAUACAGCCCACCUACACGCCCCCCACCUACUCCUCGACCACCCACAUACCGUCCGCCAACACGUCCCCCACCUACUCCUCGACCACCCACAUACCGUCCUCCAACACGCCCCCCACCUACUCCUCGGCCACCCACUUACCGUCCGCCAUCACCAACUCCUCGACCACCAACAUACGGCAAGCCCACUCCUCAGUCGUAUCAAGAUGACUACGUCCCACCAACCUACGAUGAUUACUACUACUAUGGAGGAGGUCCUGGUGGCAUGAUGUCUGGUGGUGGCGGCUACGAUGAUUACUACCCACCGAUGGCUGAUGAUUACAACGGUGGAAUGUCCGGUGGUAUGUCGGGAGGCAUGUCUGGAGGUAUGAGCGGAGGCAUGUCUGGAGGAAUGUCUGGUACAGGAUCCACAUAUGUGGAUGACUACUACCCCGGCCAAGACGACUAUGCUGCACCUAUGUAUGAUGACUACGCUCCACCAAUUGCUGACGACUACUAUCCCAGUGGUGGAAUGACCGGUGGCAUGAGUGGAGGCAUGGGCGGUGGCGGCAUGAGUGGAAGCAUGUCCGGAACAGGGUCAAGCGGCUACACAGAUGACUACUACUCAGGACCCACUGGAGGUAUGAUGACCGGAGGCAUGGGCGGUGGAGGUUCCAUGCGGUUAUACCCAAAGGCAGAAGAUCAUCCAUGA